CCCCCAGACCCCGGGCUCCAGCGCCGAGGCGGGAGACCGGGAGCCCCAGCAGAGGCAGGAGGACGAGGAGGAGGAGGAGGAGCCGUCGCAGGAUGAAGGAUCGGACUCAGGAGCUGCGGAGUGCGAAAGACAGUGAUGAUGAAGAGGAGGUGGUCCACGUGGACCGAGACCACUUCAUGGAUGAGUUCUUCGAACAGGUAGAAGAGAUCCGAGGCUGCAUUGAGAAACUGUCGGAGGACGUGGAACAGGUGAAAAAACAGCAUAGUGCCAUUCUGGCCGCCCCCAACCCAGACGAGAAGACCAAACAGGAGCUGGAGGACCUCACUGCAGACAUCAAGAAGACGGCCAACAAGGUCCGGUCCAAGUUGAAAGCGAUCGAGCAAAGCAUCGAACAGGAGGAGGGGCUGAACCGUUCCUCCGCGGACCUGCGCAUCCGCAAGACCCAGCACUCCACACUCUCCCGGAAGUUCGUGGAGGUAAUGACCGAAUAUAACGCUACCCAGUCCAAGUACCGGGACCGCUGCAAGGACCGGAUCCAAUCCAGGCUGGAAUGCAGUGGCACGAUCACAGCUCAAUGCAGCCUCAGCCUGCUAGGCUCAGGUGAUCCUUCUGCCUCAGCCUUUCAAAUCAAAAUGGACUCGCAGAUGACAAAGCAGGCGCUGAACGAGAUCGAGACGAGGCACAACGAGAUCAUCAAGCUGGAAACCAGCAUCCGCGAGCUGCACGACAUGUUUGUGGACAUGGCCAUGCUCGUGGAAAGCCAGGGCGAGAUGAUUGACCGCAUCGAGUACAACGUGGAACAUUCCGUGGACUAUGUGGAGCGAGCUGUGUCCGAUACCAAGAAAGCUGUGAGAUAUCAGAGCAAGGCUCGGAGGAAGAAAAUCAUGAUCAUCAUUUGCUGUGUGGUGCUGGGGGUGGUCUUGGCGUCAUCCAUUGGGGGGACGCUGGGCUUGUAGGCCCCCCCAUCCUUCUCUCUCCCAGACCCCUCCCCCACCACAUCGGGAGCAAUACCCCCACCACCCCUUUCACUCCAUCCCCUGCUCCAGGCUCAUCCCCGAAACAGACCCAGGCAGCCCUACCCUUCCCUUCCCCCCCACGGCAGACCCUGGAGUCCCUGGACCUCACCCUGCCAUGGACCACCCGCCCCCUGCCCCGCACGUAGAUAGCAGCAGGCGUGAUUACACAUGCACACCAACAUGCAUGCCGCCGGCACAUGCUCGAGACGUGUGGACACCCCAGCGUGUGUGUACAUGUGUAGAUGUGUGUAGAAACACCAAAUCACCUUUCUUGCUCCCUACCCUGGGUGCGUGUGUGGUCUGAGCUUCCCCCUCUUCACCUGGGUUGUCGUGUAGACUGUGGCUGAGUAUAACACAGCAGUCCAUCAUGCCCCGCUCUGUCUUCUGUGAAUAGGUGUGUAUGCGUAUGUGUGUGUAACCACAGAUCUGUGGACACAAAAUUUGUGUACAUGGAAUUUUGUGUUUGAGUGUUUGAACCUAAUGCAACAGCAGCUUCUCUACUGAUGCCCCUCCCCUGUGUCUGCUACAAAUUGGGCGGGUUGUGUGUGUGUGCAGAUGCUCACACUCCCAUUCUCGGAGGAUCCAGGUAGGCCCAGAUACACACAAGCCAUGGCAGACCCUCCAUGAGAUAUAGAACAAACCCUCCUGGAUUGUUACUCCAGGGGUUGCUGUGUGUCCUGGGGAAGGUGUGUGUGUGUGUGUGUGUGUGUGUGUGUGUGUGUGUGUGUGUGUGUGUGUGUUGCACAUGUGUGUGUGAGGGAGAGCCUGUAGUGAGUGGGAGCAAAACGUGCAAAUGACCUAGCUCAGCCUGGUGUCCAUGUACCUCCUCCACAGCAGGUGAUGUGCGCGAUGUGUGUGUGUGUCUCCAGGAUGUGCCUAAAGUGUUGACAGGUCUUCUCAGAGCCCUCCACACUGUGGAUAGGAUUCCUGUUUUGGUUGGUCAUAGCAAUUUGUAUUCCUGUGCUCCCUAGAACACAGCUGUGUGACUGUGUGUGUGUGUGUGCACGCGUACGCACAUGUGUAUGUCUAGGGACUUUCACCAUAGUGUAUUUCUGCCCCCUGUGUAUUACAUGCACGUGUUUAUCUUUGAGGACACGUGCCCCAUCCAGGUUUGUUUAUCCAGAUUCCUUUGCCCUCCCUACUCUCCCCGAGCUACUGACCAGUAACUGGUGUGGCCGCACACGCUGCUACAUCCACAUUGUGCAACCGAAGCUUCCACCCUCAGAGCCCCUGCGCACGUGCCCAGAUCCUUAUCUUAAUGUCUUUGCCCAAGGAUGGCCCUGAGCCCACGAAAGCUGGUCCACCUCCGUGUGCUCACACUUGCCACAGCUGAGCAAGUCCCAUGUAGGAAGCCAUACCCAGGCAUGCACACAUAUCUGUGCAUGCUGACAUGGCGUGGUGCCUCUGCAGGCCCCAGCCAUUUACACAGAAUGCCUCCUGGAAGGGCUGUUUGUGGAGAUGUUACUGAUGUGGCAGGAUGUCAAGGGCUGUCCCAGGCAGAUGGAAAAUCAGAGCAUGACCCCUGCCUCACACACUUACCUCGGACCUGGGAAAGGUCGAUGUGUGUCUCCGCUGGCCCAUCGGAUGCUCUGGGUCUGCCUCAGGGAACUCAGGUUUGGGGAACUGUUUAUUUCAGACGGACCGGAGUGGUCAGUGUGGCAGGGGCCACUCAGGGUGGGCCAUCCCCCUGACACCCACCCUGAGACCCAUCCCCUAGACACCUCUCCUUUCGAAACAUUGGCAGUGGUGGCUCCUGAUGCCAGGGUAUGAGGUUGAGGGUGGGACACGGGCCAGGGUUUCUGACGGUGAGGGAGGGGCUAGCACCUCCCUUGUAUAGUCAGCAUAGGCAGUUUGAAGGUUUGUGGGUAUGAUGGCAGGUAGGAGGUGCAGGGGAGAAAGGACAAUGUUAGAAGCCCUUACUCUGUGGCUCAGAAACAUGUAGGUUGAACACAAGUACAUGAAUGACCCUGGGGCAGUGCAUACACGUGCACAGGGUGAAGGACUCGGCGUGUGUGAAGACCCCAGGGUCCCACGUCAUGUGGCAUGCGUGUGUGUGUGUGUAUGUGUAUGUGUGUGAAUGAGGCCAUACAGGUGUGUGUGUAUGUGUGUGUGUGUGUGUGUGUAUGUGUGUGAAUGAGGCCAUGCGGAUGUGACCUCCCGGAACACAAUACCCCUUCCAACCCCACCCCAGCUCAGCCAGCCAACUCUCCCCUGCCUGGCUGUUUGGGCUCUGCCCACUCUGGUCUAUGUGCAUGUCAGUGUGGCCACAUGUAUGUGACCCCCAGGUCGGCUGUCCUGAGGAGGGGAAUCUGCCUGUCAUUCCCAGAAUGCCCUUCUGCAGGACAGGAAGUCUGUCCCGGAGUCUGGCCGGAACUCUCCCACGUCCAUCCCAGGUUGCUUUGGAGAUACCAGAGCAGGCCCCAGGACCCAGCCCCCUUCUUCCUUCCUGCUGCCCAGACAGGAGCGCCCUUCAACCCAGGUGUUUCUGGAAGCCCCACAGCCUUGCUGCAGGAGAAGGGUGAAGCCAUGGCUGGAAUGUGGCUCCUGCCUCGAGGGUCGUUGGGCCCACGGCUGCCCAUCUCUGGGCCUCAGGUGGACCAGGGGAUCCCUGAGGGUCUGCUGUGCCCCAGCUUUCUCCAAGUCCCACACAUCAUGGGAUGUGUCUGCUUGUUGACUGCUGCCUCUGUGUGUGUCCUGGAGUAUUGUCUGGGGGCUGGUGUCUUUUGCAUGUUCUCGGACAAACAUGUUCUGCUCACCCUCCAUGCACCUACAACCCUCAAGCCCAUGUGUGCCCCAUGGGUGGUCCCGGGCCUGGCCAGGGCUCAGUGCUUCCCCUCCCCCUUUCUCCCUAUCCCUGCCUCUCACGAAGCACACUGCGUGUCCAUCCCAUGUGCCCGUGGGUCGAUACACACUCUCGCCACGCCUUGAGCGUGUACACAUGUGUUCUAUGCAUUCACCCUGCCUCCCCAGCCCGCCCCGCAGAGGACAAGAUGGGUGGCCCCCGGCUCCCUUCUCCCCCACCCAACCCCUGCCCGCUGUGCAGCCGUGUGCGUUGGCGUGUGUUUCUGUGUCGCUGGCGUGUCACGUGAUGUAGCCGUGUUUGCUGACAUGAGCCCCUGCCCCCUUCUCUGUUUCUCCGUUGGUUUCUAGAGCUCUUUCCCUCCCCUCCCCAGAGGGGACAGGACUCCUGGGGCCUGGCUGGGGGCCCAGAGCCAGGCCACCCUCUCCUGUUAGCCCUCAGAGUUCCAUUUCUCUCUAUUGGUGACCAAGUUGCAAAUGGAUAAAACACAGGAAAAUUCUGCCCCCCCCAGCCCUGCAUGUCCUGUCCCCAGAGCCCCCCACCCCCACCCCGGGCCGGGUCGGGCCCCGUGGGACGGGAGAAAUAGCAACCAAUCCAACAGCGGG